AGUUAGCGUGUAUUCUGAAUUGUCAUAUCCAUGCACCAGAGAUGCCAGUAUCAUAGAUUAAUCUGUGAAACACAAAUUUUCGAAUUGUUGCACAGAUUUCUAUGAGACUCACAGAUUUGCUCAGAGAUCUCAAUUGUUAAACACAGAUUUUGGUUAUUUAACACCAAGUUGAACAGAUCAUAUGAUGGUGCAUAUUCGUGAAACCUUUAGCUCGGCAAAAUCGAUUUAGCAAGCAAAGCCUUCUUUACCUUCACAGAUAUUGGUAAAACAUGACAUGGCAUCCCUGGCUCACACUAUUUAUUAUCAGCCAGCGAUGUCAGAUCUACGGAAAUCUCCGUAGAUCUACGGAUUCGAACAUUUUCUACGGAUCUACGAAUCUGUAGACAAAAUCUACGGGAAUUGGGUUUUUUCUACGGAAAUUUAAAUUUAUUAACGGAGAACUACGGGAACAAGUUUUGUCUGGCGAGCAAAAAAAAAAGCUUUUCACCGUGAGCGUUUCCGAGAAAAAUUCCAAUCUACGGAAAUGACACUACUACUAUCUGGCAUCGCUGUUAUCAGCUCGUUGACAAGAAUAUGCCGCUGCAGCUAAUUUGAACGUAGUGAACAUCUAUAGUAAACAAAUCGGUUACAACCCCAAUUUCUUAACUGUUAUGAUUCUUGAUCACCCGUCAGAGGACUGAUUCAUAUUCGUUUUCUACCAUUUGUGGAACACCUAUGUAAUAAUAAGUUCUAAUAAAGACAUUCAAUUACUCGUAGGCAUGAGCAAUCGUCGUCCUAAACAUUAUUUUCUCAGUUCUCCGUGGUACGGCAAGAAAUAUGUAAAAAAGGUGUGUAAGUUACAAUGUACAAUGCACUUUGAUUGUGUGAUUUGCCUGAAAAUAAAAACCUUAGUGUACGUGCGUAUACAAUUUAUAAAUUCAUUGAUAUGUAAACAAAAUCGUCAAACAUAUCUAUCCGGAAAAUAUUUUCAAAUGUUGCUUUCUUUACAUAGCAGGCUUCUGGUCAAUCAGUUAUUUUUUCUCAUAAAAUCUAGCAGUGACUUAAGGCUGAACUGAAAACUCAAUCAAUUUAUGAUUAUCUUGAUCUUCCACAGAGGCGCACACGAAACAUGUGUGUUAUCAAUGACGUAGAAAGUCAUCCAUACACAUCGAGGAUUCCAAAUUUGUCAUUGAGUGACAUUGCUUCGGAUGAACUUAGUUGGGAACAGAAUGCGACAUCUCAAGUUAUAUGCAUCGAUACACCUAGUAGCAAAAUCAAGAUUCAAAAUCAAAGAGACGGAGUGAUUUUACCACAACACACAUCGUUUGGGGAAUCAGAGGUGUUCGAAGAACUUAGCUCAACCGGUGAAACUUCACACUUGAAUUAUUUCUUUGGAGAGGAAGUGUCUGGAAAAUUUAAUGAGGUUUUGAAACUGACGAAUAGCUUGCAAACUUUCGAUGUUAUGUUUAUGUUGCUGAACUUCUAUAUAAGACAUCAAUUGACCCAACAAGCAUUGGAAGAUCUACUGUCAAUGAUGAACAUCAUCGUCGGCAAGAAAAUUUUUCCAGAAACCUUUUCAAGUUUUACAUCUGCAUUUCCCGAUAAAUAUGACGCAACAAGGCUUUAUUUUUGUAAGAAUUGUCAAUCCAAUCUUGGAACUAAAAAACCUGUUAAAAAUUUCCGUUGCUUUAUGAAUCAAUGUUAUAGUCAAGAAUUUGACUACUUCAUAACAUUCCCGAUCGAAUGUCAAAUCCGUGAAACAGUCCAACGGUAUGAGAAAGAAAUACAACAAUAUUCCAAAGAAAUAUUAAAAUAUAACCUCAGUGAUAUAAGAAACGGAUAUGUUGCAAAAGAGAUUAUCGAUAAUGAAGACGGAAGAUUUAUAACUCUAUCAGUGAAUACGGAUGGUGUAGAAGUGUUUGAGUGUUCAAUGAAAACACCUAUGUAUCCUUUAUUUGUGGUAAUCAAUGAAUUGCCUCCAAAGGAACGAUUCAAAAAGCAAAAUUUAAUUCUGGCUGCAUUAUGGAUUUCUAAUGGUGAACCGAACAUGCCACUUUUCUUUCAAAAUUUUUGUUUAGAAAUGAGGAAACUUCGUGAAGGAAUGUUCAUAGACAAUAUUUUAUACAAGAUUGUAGUUCUCCAGUGUUGUGUCGAUUCAGUUUGUCGAUGUAAAAUCCAAAACAUGAAACAAUUCAACGGCUAUUUCGGAUGUAGUUUAUGUCUUCAUCCAGGAGUAGCAAUCGGUAAACAAGUUCGCUAUCCAUACCGAAAAUGCCAAAAAAGGGAUCACAGUAGUACUAAACAACAUAUGAUGAUUGCACAGGAUACCGCCAAAGAACUGUUUGGUAUGCAGAGAUGGUAAUAUUUUAGUCGUAUGUACAGAAACUUUAUUUUUCAGGUAUAAAGGGUUUAUCUGUCUUGUUAAGUCUACCGAACUUUGACAUUGUUCGCGGAUUUGGUGUUGAUUAUAUGCAUGCUUCGCUCCUAGGAGUGACCAAACAAAUGUGGAAUCAGAUUGUGACAUGUGACCUAGGAAUCAAUCGAAACGUAGUUGAGGAAAGACUAAUCAGCAUAAGAUUUCCUAGCGUUUUCCCACGACAUCCGCGAAAACUUAACGAGGUAGCAAAAUUUAAAGCUAGUGAAUGGGAGUGCAUCGCAUUAUACUGUUUUUACCCUUGUUUUUAUGGUUUAAUACCAAAAAUCAACAUGGAACAUUUCAUGAAGUUUUCAUCGAGUUUAUUUCAAUUGCUUGAAACAAACAUUUCAGUUGAAACUCUAAAAACAUGUGAAACAACGUUAGUGGAAUUUGCUCAAGAAUUUGCACAUCUUUAUGGCACUGAUCAAGAGGUUUACAAUGUUCAUUUACAAACGCAUUUAUCAGAUGUCGUUAGGAAUCUGGAAGGCUUGUGGAAUAGUUCACUUUUUCCCUAUGAGUCUGGAAAUGGAAUGUUAUUAGAUUUAAAAACAGGUCAUAACCAUCCUGUCAUUCAAGUAACUAAGAAAUAUUGUUUAAAACGUUUUUGUCAUUAUACACCAAUGCCUAUUAACUCACCGAUCAAGAAUUGGGUGUAUAAUCUAUGGGAGCCACGAAAACUUCCUCGUUUGCGAUAUGAUUCAAGAUUUAAGUUCGUUGCAGACAGAGAAAUACUAGAUAAAGAUAUUGUUGCUACUAAUUUUUCAUAUCACAGUAAGUUUUCCUUCAAAGGAAUCAGGUAUUGCACAAAAUUAACGUGUGAAAAAUUCAAAUAUGAUGAUUCUUUCAUAUUUUUAAACAAUUGUUUCUUUCAAAUACAGAAUAUUCUAACCGAUGAGUUUGAUAACAUAUACAUUGUAGGACAGGAACUGAAUUCAGAGCGUGUUUUUAAUAAUUUAUUUUUAUACGAGUUCAGCUCCUUAUGUCGAAUCAUCAAGAUAAACAAUACAAUAAGACAAUGUGUGAACAUGACAAUAAGGCAGGUAAACGAAAUACUAAAUUUCAUCUCUAUUUGUAAGUUUCGUACUCAAGUCGACUAAAAAGUACAAAUAACUACAGAUACUAGCAGCAUAUCAAUCAAUAAUUGUAAGAGACAUACGGAAAAAUUUAAAACUUUAGGGACUAGCAUAAAUCUCCAACGGUUUUUUAAGUUUCAGAUAAAAGAGUUUGUGAUAGUAAACCUACACUCGUAAUGAAAUAAAACAAAAUUAUUGUUUUUAUUUGUCGGUAAUAUUUUUUGGUAAGAAUAAAAACUAACAUAAUUAAAUUUGAAAGAUAACCCAUAAUUAGAACUCAGUUAUUUCUUUAUAUUUUCCGUUGAUAGCAACUAUCAAAUGUGUAGCAAAUUUGUAUGUUUACCAUUCCGAUUAUUGAUAACAAGUGGAUAUCAAAAUUUGUUACCUUCUACUUUUUUCAGGAUUUGGAACCAAAACUAGU